AUGGGUAUUUCUGGACAUAAACAUCAUUUUAAUGAUAGUCAUAUUGAAAAAGAAAUGAAAGGAAUUGGUGAUACUGAUCCUUUAACAAAAUUAAAAGAAUUAUGUAGUGACGAUCAUGGAUGUGAAAAAUAUAAACAUCGUUUACAAGCAUGUACGGAUAGAGUCAAUAGCAAAUCAUAUACUAAAGAAACAUGUAAUGAAGAAUUAUUGGAUUUUCUUCAUUGUGUUGAUGAAUGUAUGGCUAUGGCUGCUACCCGUUUUUUAAUUCGAACUGCAACAGCAAGUCGUAAUCCUGUUUUUAGACUAAUGUCGGCACGUACACAAGCUACAUCAGCUGCACCAGCAUCAGGAUCAGCGGCAGAUAUGCUUUUUACAUUUGCUUCACCAUCUGAAGUUUUUUAUACUCAAGCAAAGAAUGUUCGUCAAAUUGAUGUUCCUACAAUGAGUGGUAAUAUGGGUAUUCUUGCUCAUCAUGUACCAAUUCUUGGUGUACUUAAACCAGGUGUUGUCUCGGUCUUUGAAUUAGAUGGAAAUACAAAACGAUUUUUCGUAAGUAGUGGUUCAAUCGCAGUUCAUCCAGAUUCAACAGUUCAAUUAUUAGCUGAAGAAGCAACAGCUAUUGAAAAUAUUGAUUCUAAAGCUGCACACGAUGCUCUAUCUGAAGCUCAACGUCGAUUAGGAGCAGCUAAAGACGAGAAGCAAAAAGCUGAAGCACAAAUUGAAAUUGAUUGUGCUGAAGCUGCUAUUAAAGCUGCGUCUGGUGUUUAUCAAUAA